AGUACUUAUUAGAACGCGUACUGUAACGGAUGAGCAAGCGGAAGAAGUGCGACUCGUACGCACAGUUAAAGUACCUACAAUAAUCAUUACAAUUCACAGUGUGUAUUAAUGCAUUCACUUCAUCUAUACUGAAUCGCAUUAGAGUGCCACACGAUUGCAAAGUGUAAACAAAUGUGACGUGGAAAUCGUUACGCAGCGAAAUUAACGCAAUUUUACAGGCGCUACAAUACCACCAACAAAAUUUUCCGAAUAAAUGCAGAUCAAAUCUAAGCUGCUUUUCAAUUAAAUAUUAAAGGAGCAACAAUAAAAGAAAUAACAAUAAGCUUUUAUACUAACAAAAGCACUCGUGUAACGACAAAAAGAGCGUAAACGAAGUUUAAUUCAGCAAAAAAGCACAACUUUACAGAUUAGCACCACACAACCGCUCAUUAUAUGCCGGAUCAAAAUCAACGCCACACUGGCAGGAUGACCAAUUAGCUUUAUUGUUGGUUUAGCGCGUUUAUUUUAUUUUAUUUUUUUCAAGUGUAAUUUGAUACACAAAAGAAAAGUUAAAAUACACAAAAGUGUGAAAGUGUGUGUGCACUGCAAUACAUACAUACAUCCAUACCGAAGUGUUUCCGGUGAAACGUUAUAAAAAGUAAUUAGCAAAAUCACAAGUGCUGUGCUCAGCAACAACAUGGCGAAAAAGUCAAACAAUAUAUUAUGUUGCCAGUGAGAACCGACAAAAGAUAGUGCAACAAAAAGGUGUAAUGUGAAAAUCAAUUGAAAAGUUUUGUGCAAAAAAUUAGAUAACUAAAAAAUUCAAGAAACACAGUGUAAAAAAUAACGCUAAAAGUAGUGAGACCGUUAUUUACAUUUCUUCAUUAAAGUAUAUACAUGCAAGCAACAUAUUUUGCAACAUUGUACGGCAACGUCAUCAAAAAGCUACAAAAAAUAACAACAAACAGUACGUGUCACCAUAAGCACUGUCGCUGUAAGGCUGGAAGACGACUGUGCGACUGCUUCUGUCCUCAGUGUAUGUGUGUGUGCUUGCCAAGUAAGGCGCUUGUGCAUGUUAGCCCAGCGUAUUUGUGUGUGCAGUGUAUGUGAAGCGAAAAGUGCAGGAGCAGUGCAGUGAAUGUGCAUUCAAAAUGCUUAAAGGAUUAAAAGUUUUCACAUUUUUAUGGCUGACGCAUGCGGCGAGCACUUGGCUGAAUUUCACCGGCGUUCAAGCACAACCGUCAUCAUUAACCGAGAAAAUCCCAUUAGGCGCCAUAUUUGAGCAGGGCACCGAUGAGGUGCAAUCUGCGUUUAAAUACGCAAUGCUCAAUCACAAUCUCAACGUAUCGUCACGCCGUUUCGAGCUGCAGGCAUACGUGGAUGUCAUCAAUACGGCGGAUGCAUUUAAAUUGUCACGCUUAAUAUGCAAUCAAUUUUCGCGUGGCGUUUAUUCCAUGUUGGGCGCUGUAUCACCGGAUUCAUUUGAUACAUUGCACUCGUACAGCAAUACGUUUCAAAUGCCUUUCGUGACGCCAUGGUUUCCAGAGAAAGUGCUGACGCCCUCAUCCGGUUUCCUGGACUAUGCCAUAAGUAUGCGCCCGGAUUAUCAUCAGGCGAUUAUCGAUACAAUACAGUUUUAUGGAUGGCGUAAAAUAAUUUAUCUCUACGACUCACAUGAUGGACUCUUGCGAUUGCAACAGAUUUACCAAGGGCUCAAACCCGGCAACGAGUCAUUUCAAGUGGAAAUGGUUAAGCGUAUUGCAAAUGUAACAAUGGCCAUUGACUUCCUGCAUACGCUCGAGGAUUUGGGACGUUUCAAUAACAAAUACAUUGUGCUGGAUUGCCCAACGGAAAUGGCCAAACAGAUACUCAUUCAACAUGUGCGCGAUAUAUCGCUCGGAAGAAGGACAUAUCACUAUUUGCUAAGCGGUUUGGUAAUGGACGAUCGUUGGGAGAGCGAAAUCAUCGAAUUUGGUGCCAUCAAUAUAACCGGAUUUCGUAUUGUUGACACUAAUCGUCGAUUCGUACGUGAUUUCUUUGACAGUUGGAAGCGCUUGGAUCCGGCUACAUCGAUUGGCGCCGGCAGGGAAUCAAUUUCGGCACAGGCAGCCCUCAUGUACGAUGCUGUUUUCGUGUUGGUCGAAGCCUUCAACAAAAUACUGCGCAAGAAACCCGAUCAAUUCCGCAACAACAUUCAGCGACGAGGUCAACAAACACUAAUGGCAGCGGCAUCCACAUCCAUUAACGGUACAAUGGGUAUGGCAGCUGGCGGCAGCGUUGGCGGCAUUGGCAGUGGAAUCGGUGGCAGCGGUGGUAGCGGAGGUGGAGGCGGUGGCACUGGCAUUGGUAGCGGUGGUGGCAAUGGUGGUGGCGGCGGGAACACGCCUCGGGCACUCGACUGCAACACGUCGAAAGGUUGGGUGAACCCAUGGGAACAUGGUGAUAAAAUUUCGCGCUAUUUGAGAAAGGUGGAAAUCGAAGGUCUCACAGGCGACAUUAAAUUUAACGACGACGGUCGGAGGGUGAACUACACGCUGCACGUUGUCGAAAUGACUGUCAACAGCGCCAUGGUGAAAGUGGCUGAAUGGAGUGAUGAUGCUGGCCUUCAACCGCUCUCAGCCAAGUAUGUGCGUCUACGGCCACAUGUAGAAAUCGAAAAGAAUCGCACAUACAUCGUUACCACAUUGCUCGAGGAGCCGUACAUGAUGUUGAAGCGCCCCGGCAUUGGUGAGCAAUUGGAUGGCAAUGACCGCUUUGAGGGUUACUGCAAGGACUUAGCUGAUUUAUUGGCCAAGAAGUUGGGCAUCAAUUAUGAAUUACGACUGGUCAAGGAUGGUACGUACGGUUCAGAGAAUCCCACAGUCCGCGGCGGCUGGGAUGGCAUGGUCGGUGAACUGGUACGGCGGGAAGCGGAUAUUGCAAUCGCUGCCAUGACCAUUACCGCCGAACGGGAGCGCGUCAUCGAUUUCAGCAAGCCAUUCAUGUCGUUGGGCAUUUCAAUAAUGAUUAAGAAACCGGUGAAGCAAACGCCUGGUGUAUUCAGUUUCAUGGAUCCAUUAUCCCAGGAAAUUUGGAUGAGUGUCAUUUUCAGCUACAUUGGAGUAAGCAUCGUACUGUUCUUUGUUUCCCGCUUCUCACCGUACGAGUGGCGCAUUGUGCAGUAUCAGGCAGAUUCGCAUGCACAUCACGAUCAAAUGGCUAAUCAACAGCCACCUGGCAUCAUUGGCGGUGUACCUGUGCCCGGUCCAAUGACGGGUGCGACCAGUGCCACGGCCAGCCCGGCAAAUAUUGGUGUAGUCAGUACUGGUGGUGUGGCCGGAAGCGUUGGCCUCGGCUCAUCCGGCAAUGUAGCGGUCAACGAGUUUAGCAUUUUGAAUUCAUUUUGGUUUGCCUUGGCCGCUUUUAUGCAACAGGGCUGCGACAUAUCACCGCGUUCCAUCUCCGGUCGCAUAGUUGGCGCCGCUUGGUGGUUUUUCACGCUCAUUCUAAUUUCAUCGUAUACAGCCAAUUUGGCAGCAUUUCUCACCGUCGAGCGGAUGGUGACACCAAUCAAUUCACCCGAAGACUUAGCUAUGCAAACGGAAGUGCAGUAUGGUACACUCUUACAUGGCUCCACCUGGGACUUUUUCCGGCGAUCCCAAAUCGGCUUACAUAAUAAGAUGUGGGAGUAUAUGAAUUCGCGGAAGCAUGUCUUUGUGGGCACAUACGAUGAAGGCAUACGUCGGGUGCGCACAUCAAAAGGCAAAUACGCCCUGCUGAUGGAAUCGCCAAAGAAUGAGUACGUGAAUGCCAGAGAACCCUGUGAUACAAUGAAAGUCGGACGUAAUCUGGAUACGAAAGGAUUUGGCAUAGCAACACCGAUUGGAUCGCCUUUGAGAGAUCCGAUUAAUUUGGCUGUGCUAUCGCUGAAGGAGAAUGGUGAAUUGAUCAAAUUGCGCAAUAAAUGGUGGUAUGACAAAACUGAAUGCAACCUCAACAAGGACAAUCAGGAGACAUCACGCAGUGAAUUGUCAUUGAGUAAUGUGGCUGGUAUAUUUUAUAUAUUGAUUGGUGGCCUCUUGGUGGCUGUCUUUGUGGCUAUCAUUGAGUUUUGCUUUCGCAGUAAAGCGUCCGCACAAAAAGCGAACGGCUCCAUGCUGAGUUCAGCGUCCGGUGGUGGCUCACAUCAAAGGAAUUCUCUAACAGAUGCCAUGCAUUCUAAAGCGAAAUUGACUAUUCAAGCGAGCAGAGAAUAUGAUAAUGGUCGUGUUGGGUACCUCAAUUGUGCUUCUUUGCAGUAUUAUCCAGCCGGACAAUUAAGUGCCGCAUCUGAGGCUGAAACAAUGCACAUGAAUGCGCACAGUCAGGUUUGACAUGAACAUGCGCAGGAAUCGCGCCUUUGACGUACACCCUGCGCACCAACAAUACGCCGCAUAAUGGCCAACAGCCGGCAGGAAACGGAGAAGAUGUUGAGCAAUCAUGAUCAAAACGCAACAACAAUGCCGGGCAGCCAGAAUAGUACGCUCAUGCGAAAUCCCGAUGUAAAUCAUCCCUACGCCAAAUAAAUAUAUAUAUAAAUAUAUAUACAUACAUAUAUACUAACUUAAAUACAGAUAACAAAGAGAAAAACAAAAAAAAAAAUAUAUAUAUACUGAAACAACAUUCAAAAAAGUGGAAUUAAGCGUGUGAAAGUAUCAAAAAUAACAACUAAACAAAAUAAACCAGGAGCGUAUAUAAAUAUUACUAAGAGUGAAAAUAAAUAAUAAAUGUGUUAUUAUAUAAGUAAAAACAUAAACAAAAUCAUACACACAACACAUUUUUAGUUUGAAAUUAGUCAAGUAAUAAAAAAACUCCUUGCAAACAUACAGUUACAUGCAGAAUACCCGAAAGUGAAACAAUAAGGCAGUGCAAAUAAAAAAUUUUACUCAUAUUAUAAAUUUGGACAAAUAACUACUUUUUCAAUUAAUAUCUUAUUUCUACCCGUUUUUUUUCUUUUUCCGCCUACCCGAUUUUUACCUAAUAUGACCCAAUUUGACGCUUAAGUGGUAACAAAUUGUUCCAAAUAUUGAAUUUGAAAUCAUAAAAAUAACUGGACAACAUAUAAUAUACCAAUCAAUAAUUCAGUGCUCGUGCGCCACGGAACAUGCCACCGCCGAUUACUUAGCUAUUGGAUACUAAGAGUAUUUUUAUAAUAGAAGAACUUUUUCCUGCUGGCUGGCUUUAACGCCAUACAUAGACCCAUAGGUCCUUUGCUGUAUGGAGAUUUAAUAUUAAUACAAGCUGAAGCUUGCGUCGUGUAGCACAUUAAUGCUUUUUGCGAAGUUUAAUAGAGACUUUAGAACUAAUGCUGAUACUUCCUCCAGCCCCUUGACUUGCGAAGCUCCUAAAUGACUAAGCCGGGUUUUAGUUAAGACCGGACAGAGCCAGAGGAGCUCCAGCGUCUCUCUCCGCCUACUUUCCACAUGUAUCACGUGUGUUAAUAAUAACAUAUGGCUCGCAUGUGAUGCCAUUGAACUUGGCAAUGGGCUUAUGGGCAUUUGCUAUCAUGAAAUAAUCAUUUUCGAAAUGGCGUCGGGUAGGUAUGUUCGAGCUGAUAUAGCGCACGUUUAGGCUCUUAAACCGUUUAUAAAUUUGUUAGUAUUUAAUACCUAUUUUCCAUGUUUUGUUAUAUUUGUUUAUCUGCUUCGCAGAAACGUGAAAUUUACCACUGCCACUAUGAGGAUUGAAUGGUAACUCUCUUGUGGCCAGUAACUCAGCAAAUACGACUGAAGACCAUUAAAUGGUUGGUUGGAAGAACACCUUUAACAAAAAUUAUCCAUAUAUGAAUAUGAAUUUAUGUUUUACAGAAAUUAACGAAUGCAUUAAGUAUAGUAUUUGCUAUAUAGAUAUACAGUUUUUCUUCUUCAAAACUUCUAAGAGGUCAUCAUUAUAAAUUAUUUGUUACACUUUUUCCAACAAAUGCAACUUAAUAUGACAUUUCCGUUCAAAUUUCAAAAUAGUUGUUUAACAAAUUUUUACUAUCAGUAACAGUAAAAAACUGCAUAAAAAUACAUUGUUUGAAUUUCAAAUCAAACAGAAACUAAGAAAAGCGUCUUUUUGAAAAUUUUUUUAAUUAAUUUAACUUUAAUUCUUUUAUUGCACACUUAUUGCUUUGGUUCCCAGAGCAAUUGUGAUGACAACCAAUUUUUCCUUGCUUUUGACUGAAAGUAGAAAAACCAUUUAAUUUAAAUUGCUAAUAUGUAUAUGAGACCAUUUUCAACAAUUAUAAGCAUUUGUAAACAUUUGAAAUGUUAGAAAGUCACUGCAGCCUAAAGCCUCUACAAAUAGCAGUGACUACAAAAGCUUGCGGCAUGCGUAAAUGCAAAUUGUUUCACUAACACACAUAGAAAUUCUACACAGCCUAAUUGAACUAAAUAAACUCAAUAAAAUAUUUUAUGUACAUACAAACAUACAUACGAAUACAUACCUGCGUACACAUGCAGUAAUUUAGAAGUAAAUUAUCUUAGGCUUGGUAGUAUCAGUAGAUAUAAUCUAUUAAAUCAAAUCUGAAAGUAAAAUCAAACAUUGAUAAACAAAGUAAACAAAGAGGUAAAUUAUUAAAGGCUACAAAAAGUCAAAUAACGGUAUAAUAAAAUCUUGUAGAAUAAUUUAAAUUUAAGCAGAGCAUUGGCUCUUAAAUUAAAGAACAACAAGAAAUACAACAAAAAACGCUGUAAAGGAAGCUAAAGGCAACUACGACAACAAUAAAUUAAAUGCUAAAAGCAAGCAUUCAUAAAAAAAAAUAGAUAUAAUAUAUAUAGAUGUAUGUUUGUAUGUGUGUAUCACAAACGGAAAGCGACAUAUAGCUGUAAAGAAACCUGAAUGUAACUAAUUGUACGCCAAAAAAAGUGGCAACAUUUUAACUAGUAACACAGCUGCAUUUAUGUAGAAACUCAUACACAUACAUAUUUGCAUAGUUGAAAUGAUGUGCGUGAGCGUAAAAGUGCUUACAUGAGUAUGUGUGUUUCCUUGUGAAUUCUUGACCACAAUAAUUAAAUACUUAUAUGCUACUGCAGAACACACACACGCAAACAAACGCACAAGCAUAUAGUACACAAACGACAACAGUACAUUCAUAUGUGUGCGUGCAUACGUAUACAUAUACAUCCAAUUUGCAUGAGCAUGUUCAUAAAUAAAUAAGUUAACUCAACAAAAGUGAAAUACAAAAACUACUCACAAACAAUACGAAUAUGUUGGCAUACAUAUUUACAUACGCAUAAACUUAGGUUAAAUGAAAACUGCAAUUAAUUGCAUUGAAAUGACUGAUCACUAAACAUUUUUAAUUAUUAUAUGAAAACAAAAUUAAGCAAAUAAAUUAAUAAAAAAAUUCGUAGUGUAAGUAUUAAUAAAUAGAUAUAUAUGUAAAUGCAAAAUCCUUGCUAAAGCAAUGAAAAAGUGAAACUUAAACAAAUGCAUAUACAAUACAUAUUUGCAUACAUACACACAAACACAUAUAUAUACAUAGGUAUAUGAAAGAAAAUAUAUUAACAAACACAUGCAUUUCCUAGGCUUGUCGACCGCAUGAUAACUUUUAGUGACAGCUGCUCACUCUUUAUUAUGCAAUAACACACCAUGUUAUAAAUAGUUUUUUGUGAAUUUAUUAUUACACAAGUGUAUUAUUUAAUUUUAAUGAUUUUAUACGCACUUUUUGUAAGUAAUUUACCUUGAUUUAUGCAAUUAGCAUAAAAUAUUUAUUUCGACUGAAAGCGUAUAUGAUGCGUUUAAAAGCCCAUUGAUCGAUAUAACUGAUUUAUUUGCAAUGCCUGGAAAAACGGCAAAUGACCUCCGCAAUUAGUUAUUUCAUUAUGAAUAAUAUUCCUGGUAUAUUGUGGCCUGGUAGCAUUCGAUAAUGACAGCUUAUAGGUAAGUAUGUGAAUGAAAAAAUUGGUCGUUAUAAAAUUUACAUUUGCUAUUUAAUUUCAAAAAUAUUUACACAAGUUAAAGUUUACAUAUGGGAUCAUACGAAUUUAAAUAAAAAAUUGUUUGGCUUUUUAGGGGCGAAUAAUCGAAUCUUUACUGAAGUCUUUGGUUACGUUUGGCCUUUCAUUUGUUACAGCUUGUUAGGUCUUUAUUAGUUUUGUUUAAACAAUUGCCCAGUAACUCUUUAUUGGCUUAAGCUCUGGGCUCUUUAAGAGCAAUUGUCAACAUAUUAUAUUGGGAUUUAAAACCAUUUUCCGUAAUGACAUGCCGCUAGAUCAGGCCCAAAGAGUACUGAGUACUUAUGAAGCCAAAUUAAAGGCAAGGCGAUAUUUGGGAAAAUCAAACACUAUUGUAUCAAUAUUUUAAAAUUUUAAUUGUAUAUUUAUAUAUACCUUAAGAAUACACAGUAAAUUUUUUUGAAGAACAGUAUUAAGUAUGCUUUUCUGCAAUAAUUCCAGCCUUGUCCGUAGAGGAAACCUAAAAAGCCCUCUCCUAAAAUAUAUUGUCUGUAGAAUUAAAAAUUGACUACAUGGCGGCGUUUAAAAAAACAAAAAAAUGUAAUUCAAAAUUUUGUUCUUUGUUGGCCCGCUUAAUCAAAUCUAAAAACUGGUAAGUCAUUGUAUUUACUUGUAGAACGAUAUACAGAACAUAGUAAUUAGAUAAUUUGUUUCCGAAAAAUCCGAUUAAAGAUAACUUGAUGGAGCAAUCAGCUCUGAGCGGCUACACUUUAGAAGGCUGUAACUCAAAAACUGUACGAAAUAUCGAUUUAAAAUUUUAGUGUGGUGAAAUAAUUAGUGUGUCAUUUUUAAAGAUAACCAUAACCUAUCGAAGUUGAAAAAAAUUAGUUUUUUACAGCUUCAGAGUAGUUGUGCCCUUUAACUUGAAACAGAAUUUUUAAUGAGAAAAAUAUAUAUUUAGAAUAUUCGGCAGCGGAUUCAUUCUCGGACUCAUUCACCGUCCACCACAUCGCAUAGGCAUACUUGUAGGUCGUUCUAUCACUACGUUCGGCGAAACUUUCAUGAUUCCACAGACAUCUAAAAGCUCAAGCCCAAAGCUUUUAAUAUAAUCUCAAUAAUAAGCAUCAAAGAAAAGUCAGAAAAUUCUUCAAGUUGUUUUAUUAAAAAUAGUAUAAAUUUGGAGUCAAACACCCGUUCAGGAUCAGAUAUAUUCUUCAACGUAUAAUAUACAAAAAACCUGAUAAAACUAAGAGUUGGGGGUCGUAAUUUGGAAAUUGAAAUUGACGAAAUUAAAAUGUGACGAAAAGAGUCUAAAAUUUUUACAAUCCGUUGCUACAUGUUUGGUCCCUCUCUCUCUUCAUAACAAAAUAAGUUAGUAAGAAGAUCAAAUAGAAUAUGCUUAUUUCACAUCAACAAUUUAAACGAAAUUCACUAAGUUUAGCCGAGUUUUUGAUAACUGUCUACAGUUCAAUUAUCAACUUUCAUAAAAAUAUAGCAUAAUAGCUUCACUGAACAUUGUGGAACUCCUUUAACUAAUGUUCACUAUGCCUCCUUAUGAGGCAAGUCAGAGUUACAAGUUUUGAGCCGCAUUAUGAGUUUAAUAUGUUUUUUUAUUUAUAUUUGUAUUAGAAAGCAAAGUGUAACGGUCCUCCAUCAUUUCGAUACCGAUUCAGUAGUGUGAAGCUUCGAAGCCUUUAAAAUGGGUAUUUAACAGGAAGGAAAUUGUUCUCCUCAUUUUAGCGAAGUAUUUAUCACAUGUUGUUGUUUGCUGGCGUACCAAGUCGCAAAUCAAUACUUUUUUGUCGAAUAUUUUUUGGCUGUUUAGCCGUUGCGCUUAGCAAGUCAUUGCCUUUUAUCAACAGGGUCAGGAUCUAAAUUAAAACCAUAAACUUUUAAAUUGAGAACAAUUGAAUAAAACAACAUCAAACUUAUUCUGAUUAAGGUUAAUACUCUGUGACAAUUACAGAGAUUUUUAUAUGUGGUGCGAUAUCUUUCAGCCCGCGGCUUAAACGACUUAAAAAUGUAUUUUAUUUUAUUAUUUUAAACAAAGGCCCCCCAUCCUCUCUUCUACAUACUAUAUACUGUUUUUGUUAAAAUUGUAGCCAUAUAGCCUUUUCUCUACUUCACGCAAAGUCACUUUUACUUCAUUUAUCAUACCAUAAGGAGCCGUCAUAUGAUAUUUUCUUUCUGCUUUAGAACCAAAUCGUUAUAAAAAUACCAAAAUGUAUGUAUAUUACUACAAACAAAGUUAUAAAACUAGUCACCUAGCAAAUUUUUUAUUAAUAAUUAUCUUUAUAUAAAACAUGCUAGUUUAUGCAUCCGUUCGUUACAAGUUUUUAUGGGAAACGAUACGCAUUACUACUACGCCAUCAUCUUCCACGUAAUGAAAGAUUAAAUGCAAUAAUAAUAAGAGAAAACUGAAAUUGAAAGAAUAUAAAUGUUGUAAAUGAGUAACAUGCAUUUAUAGUUAUAGAUUUAUUAAUAAUUAGUUCAUACGUACUUACACACAUAUUACUAGACAGUUAAGAGUAACAGUGCUGUAAAAAUAUUUCCUUGUACCCUAGUCUAAAUAAAACAGUAUUUAAAUAAACAUGUAUUAAAAGUGCAGACUAAAUAAAUAAACAAAUAAUAACUGAAUUAAAAAACAUAUAUAUUAACUAGAUAAUAAUAUGGUACUAUUCACAUAGCUAAAGUGCUUAAGUCAUAUCAAAAUUUACAGAUUAAAAAAGGUAUAUAAAGAUAUACAAUAAAUAAUGGGUAAUAAUAUUUGUGUUCUUUAAAAUUUACUUAUAUGAACAUUUACGUAACAUAAAAAUUGUUAAAAAUUAUUAAUAAAAUUUUACUUUAUAUUUAUUUUCUCCAAAACUAACCAAAUUCAGUUUAGAUAAAAAAAGACGUAAAUCAAAACUACGGAUAAUAAAAAACCAUAUACAAGAAACCACAGCAUUAAACAUGUCAACAUCAAGACUUCGAUUUAAAACCACUAAUAAAAUGGGAAAAAAAAAACUUCCAAAUCAAAACGAAAUUAAACAAUAAUCAAAAUCAACUACUAAAUGUCAAAAUAUUUAAAAUAUCUAAAAAGACAUAUUUGCAUUUACCACAUACAAACAUGAUGUCUGCUUCUAUGCAUUAAUAUAUAUGUGUAAAAAUGUGUGUUCUUAUUUUUUAUACCAAAUUAUUAUAAAUAGUAAAUACAUAUAUAAAAUUAUUAAAUUGAUAUAAAUCAAAUAUUUGAUUACGAUAAUGUGAGUAGUUAAAAUUUAUACAAAAUAUUUAGUUGCCACCUAGUUUAAACUUGAUAUAUGGUAUUUAGAUUUAAUUAUACUAUGUACUAAGAAGUUUUUCGAAAACAAAUAUAAUGAUAAGUCGGUGCAGAUUGUUAUCGUAAACUUUAAACAUAUUAAUUUUAAAUUAAACAUAAUAAAAUAAACAUAAAAUAAAUAGUCAAUACUAAUGCUAAUAAUUAUAAAGAACAAUGAAAAAUUAUAAAACUGUGAAAUUAAUAAAUAAUA